GGUGUUGCGAUGGGGUAUCUUGUUAUGCACUGAUGGUUUGUUUCAGCACCCAAGUUUAUCAGUGCUAGUAUUAGAAGGAAGGUCAGUCAGAGUGUUGUUGGUAUUUUGAGAGCUGACAACAGCAAUUGACCACGUAUUUUUCCCUUUUUGGUCUCAGCAAGUUAGGAUACUAGAGUCGAACAGCAGCACACGGUCUCAGGAGCUCGGUCGACGAGAAAGUGCACUGGUGGAAUUUGAGGACAUAAGCUUAGGUCAUCUCAGAAGGAUAAGGUUCGGCAGUUUAUGGCAUUUACUCAGGCUGGGGAGAAAACUGCUCUAUACUGCCUGACACAGAAUGACUGGAAACUAGAGACGGCGACGGACAGCUACUUCCAGAACCCAGAGCUCUACUAUAAAGAAUCCAUGAAAAACUCAGUAGAUCGAAAAAAACUGGAACAACUCUAUAACCGAUACAAAGAUCCUCAGGAUGAGAAUAAGAUUGGUAUAGAUGGCAUCCAGCAGUUUUGUGAUGAUCUUAACCUGGAUCCGGCCAGCGUUAGUGUUUUGGUGGUUGCGUGGAAGUUCAGAGCUGCUACUCAGUGCGAGUUCAGUAAGAGGGAGUUUGUAGAUGGAAUGUCAGAACUUGGCUGUGACAGCCCAGAUAAACUUAAAUCCCAACUACCAAGAUUAGAGCAAGAAUUAAAGGACCCAGGAAAGUUCAAGGACUUCUAUCAGUUUACAUUUAACUUUGCUAAAAACCCUGGACAAAAGGGCUUAGACUUAGAAAUGGCCAUUGCCUACUGGAAUUUAGUUUUGACUGGAAAGUUUAAAUUUCUAGAUCUCUGGAACAAGUUUUUAUUGGAACAUCACAAAAGAUCAAUUCCCAAAGACACGUGGAAUCUACUUUUAGACUUUGGAAAUAUUAUUGCAGAUGACAUGUCAAACUACGAUGAAGAAGGAGCCUGGCCUGUUCUUAUAGACGACUUUGUGGAAUUUGCUCGGCCAAUAGUCAUGGGAGGCAAGCGCAAAACUGUAUAAUUGUAGGCUAUUUUAAAGACUAGAGACUUGAAUACUGCAGAAGUGUACUGCAAGGAGUGAAGAAAAUCAAAACAUCAAAGGAAUGAAGCUGUUUUGGGGCAAACGCCACUCACACACCGUUGUUGGGCUGUGCAAUUGUGGCAGGACUUUAACCCACUUCUUGCAUCUUCCACAGGACAACAGAAUGACAACUAGCUCACAGGCUGCAAGAAAAACAACAAAUUCAGAAGAUAGCUCUGGCUGGCUGUAUGUAGGGGGGGGGGAAAGUGGCUUCAAGUAUUGUAACGAUUGUAUGAUAUAGGAUAUAGAUUCUGCAUGUUUUUAUAUUUUGGAACAGUGUAAACUACAGACAUUUUAUUAACAAGAGUGAGAGGGCAGGGAAAAAAAGGCGUGAGGUUCAGAAAGCACACAGCAUGCCAUUCACUUCAUGACCAGGUGAACACCAGCAGUCACACAUUUACACUUGUAAUAUAUUGUACUUAUAUAUAUAAAGAAGAAAAGUGUUUGUGGUGUAAAUUAAAUAAUCAGUGAAAUCUGUAUGUAGUGUGCUCCAUUUCUUUUCUUUUAAAUGCCAGCCUACAGAAUUUGGUGUGGUUAAAUUUACAAAAAAAGAGUAGUAAAAACCAAUGGAUGUCCUUGUUCCUUGAAAUGUCUUUGUUUUGCUGCUGUUUCGUUGUCAUGUAGUUUCACUCAGUGUAGAGUGGCCCCACUGAGCAGUGCAUGUGGAAGUGUGGCGUUACAAUUUGUUCAGCUUCCUUGAAAAGCACUGCAACAUUACUUACUAUAACCAUACAAUCUACACUGAUAACCAUGUCAAUUUGUCAGAUAUACAACAUAAUGGCAAAGUAAUGUAAUUUUUUAAUUAUUUUUUUAAAAAGGGUGAUGAAUUGACUAAUGUACAUUACUAAAGAUAGAUAACUAAACUAAACUACUCUAUGUAAGCUGCUCAGUUAGAGUUUGUGUUGCAGAUCAUGUUAACUGAAUAAUAUACAAGUCUAGAACCACUAGGUGUCAUUGUAGGAACAUGAAUUUAGACUGCGCAAAAAGGAUUGUUCCGUUUAUAAAAUGCACUGUGUAGCAUUCUUUUGGUUGAUUGAUUUAUAGCAUUGAAAGCACAAAUCAGGUAGAACAAUAAUAAAAAAGAAGAGCAUAAUCAUUUGAAUGUGUUGGGUAUGGACUUUGCUUUAUGGAACUUCAUGCAUAUUUCUGAAUUGAAAAAUCAGUAGCAGACUUGGAUUAGUAAAUAUUGGUACUAAUAUAUUUAUUGCUGUAUGAUGGAUGUUUCAAUGAAUGCAUUUUGUUGUUGAAAUAGGUAUUGGUUUUAUGACAUUAAGAGCGCAUAAUUAUUAUUAUUUUUUUUUUUAUACAUGUAUUUUGUUUGAAGUCCUUUUCAAAACAUACCAUUUUGAUGUCUGGAUUUUAAGUUUCACAAGAUGUGUUAUUCCCAAGUUGCCAAGCUAGGUUGUUGUGCAAACACCUGGACUACCGUUAAUACAUUAUUGGUUGGUUUCACACCCUGAUUAGCACUAAUCUGGGACUACCUAAUGUUAAAUUGGGUAAGGUAGUCCAUGAAACCAGCCCCAGGAGUGCCCUGUAUUAAAUUACUGUCUCCGCAUGCACCAAGUGAAUGAUGGUCAUCUUGAAAACAGUGUUUUAUAAAUAUAACUAAAGAAUAUGUUGCUGGUAUUUUAAAUGGUGUUUUAUUUAUCAUUUUAUCUGUUUUUUGGGGGUUUUUUUAAC